AUGAUAAAAUAUAUUGGUACAGAUAAAGAAGAGUCAGUGAACUCAAUAGAAAAUAAAAAAAAUGUAAAAAAAAAUGAAUUUUAUAUAAAUAACAACAAUGAAAUUGAUAUUAAUCAUGAUAAUAAUAAAGAAGAAAAUCACUCUAUUGCAAAGGAAAGAUAUUAUACAACAGAAAAGGGAGAAAACAAAAUAGAUAGAUCCCAGAAAGAUUAUAAGAAAAAAAGAUCAAAUUACAAAUAUAGGUGUAGCAAUAGUAUUGAUAGUAAUUUUAGUUUAAAAAAAAAAAAUGAAGUUAAAGAUAGUGUAUCCUUGGAUAUUAAAGCACUAAAGAAAGAUAAAAAGUAUAAAUCAAGAAAUAAAGGAAGUAAUUCAAAUUUUAGUUCUUAUAAUAAAUCAAGUAGAUCUUGCAGCAAUAGUAAUUUUAUUAGAUCAAGUUGUCAAAGUUCAGUAAAAAGUUCAUUAAAUAGAAAAAAAAAAAAAUAUGACUAUGAAAAAAGAUACCUCAAAAAAUUUAAAUUUAAAUAUGAGGAAGAUUUUGAUAAAGAGUAUAAAGAAUCACAAUAUAAAGAUUCUAUAUAUUAUAAAAAGAAAUAUAUAAAAAAAAGAAAAUUGAACCAUUUUGAUGAUUAUAAGUAUAAAUAUUCAGUUUCUUCUAUUGAUAAAAUUAAUUUAAAAGAAGAAUAUUACGACAAUUCUUCUUUUGAUAAAACUGAUCAUAAUAUUUAUAAAAAGAAUAAGCAUUAUUCUGAUAUCAAAGAAAAAUAUGGUAAAAAAUUUAUAUAUGAAUAUAAAAAAGAUAAAAAUAAAAUACCUUAUGAAAGAUAUGAAUCUAAUUCAUCCAGUGAAUCUAGAUAUAAAUAUAAUUCUUAUAGUGAUUAUAAAAAGAGACAAAAAUAUUAUGAAUAUAAAAAAAAAAAAUAUAGAAGAAAAAAAAGAAGCAAAAGUAAAAAAAAUUAUUAUAAAAACCGAGAAAGUGAUUUAGAAAAUGAAGAGCAAAAUUUGUAUGAGUACAUUAGAAAAAAGCGUUCUUUUAAUUCAAGUAGUUAUUCCUAUGAAACAAAAAGUAAAUAUGAAAGUAAGUUUCUGGAUACCAAUUAUAAAAAAAAAAUAAUAAUAGAUGAUAAUGAACAUGAUUUUUAUGAUGAAAAAGAAGAUAAAAGAAUAAGAUUAGAUGAAAAGACACAUGAAUUAAGUUAUGAAUCAAAAUGUAAAUAUAAUGAUAAAAUUUCUUUAUCAAAUUCAGGGGAAGAUAUGGAUUAUGAAAAAAAAAAGAAAAAGGAAAUGCCUGAAAAUAAGUCUUACAAGUUUCAUGAUACUUCUUUUUCAGAUAUUAACUCUUUAAAAACAAAAGAUGGAGUAAGAAGCAAAAAAGAUUAUGAAAAUGAAGAAAUAAACAAAAAUGAGGAAAAAUUAGAAAAUAAAAAAGCACAAACUUAUUUAGAGGAUGAAAAGAAAAAGGAAAUAAUUUUGAAAGGGAUACCCAUAAAUCAAAAUAAAGAUGAAAAAGAAAUUUUAAAAAUAAGUGAAAUGAAAAAUGGAUUUGAAAAGGAUAAUGAAGAUUAUAAUAAUAAUGAUAAUAAAAAAAAAAUGUAUUAUGAAAAUUGUACAAAAGAUUAUUAUUAUCAUAGGUAUAAAAAAGAAAAUUAUGAUAAAUAUUAUGAUCAAUGCAGCCAUAAUAAACGCAGUGAAAUUUCUGAAAGAGAAAAUUAUGUUGAUAAAUAUUAUAAUAAAUAUAAUGAUCAUUAUGAUGAUGAAAAUUAUGGUAAUAAAUAUUAUAAUUAUAGAAAACUUAGUAAUCAUUAUGAAAAUGAGAAUUAUAAUGAUAAAUAUACAGGAGAUUAUGAAAAUGAAAAUUAUGAUAUAUAUGAAAAUGAUUAUUAUAGUGACUACUCAAAUAAAAGUAACUCAAUAGAAAAAAAAAUAGAAUAUGUUAAAAUUCAAAAUAAAAUUAUAAUUGAUUUAGCUGCAGAUGCUAAUUAUAAAAAUUGGUUAAAUUACGAUUCAGAUUCCUCUGAUGAAGAAAAUAAUUAUGUCCAUCUUAAAUUUAAAAAUUCUUUUUUGAGAAAUUUUGUUUUAUACAAUGAAUUUGAUAAUAAAAAAAUAAAUUAUAACGAAUUAGAUGACAAAUAUACUAAUGAUUAUAGAGCAUUUUCUUCUGAUACAAAAAAUUUCAGUAAAAAUAUAGAACCAAAAGAUACUUCUUACCAAAAAAAGAGCAUAAAAAAUAAUGAGGAAAAUAAUUUUAACAUUAACUUAAUAAAUAGUAAUUUAAUUGAAAAACAAAGUUUACAUAAUAAGGAAUCAAUGUCAAUAGAUUCAGAGAGAUAUGCAUUUGAUAGUGAUUAUAAAAAUGUUAAUAAAAAAGAUAGAGAAAUUACUAAUAUGUAUUGCAACCAAAAUAAAUCAAAAAAAAAUAUUUCUUUGGACAGGAUUUUAAAUAAAGAAGACAAAUACUACAAUAAAAUAAAUGCUAAUAAUUUAGAAAGUGAAAAAAAAGUUGAAACCGAUUUUAACAAUUGUUAUAGUAAAUUUUCUCAAAAUGAUAAAAAAAAUCUCGAAAAUGAAUUAAAGCUUAAUUCAACUGAUUUUAUGUACAAUUUUAAAAAUAAAAAAUCAAUUACAUAUGAAAGAGACAUCAACAAUUAUUUAAAAAUGGAUACAGAAAACCUCGAUAUGACUUCUCAAAGUAAAUAUGAAAAUAAUGUAAAUUAUGAUAAUAUAAUAGGAAAAGAAAAUGAAAAUAAUAUAAAUGAAAAAAAAGAAAGAUAUUCACAGAAUAUUCAAUCAAUUGAUAUAAAUUUAUCACAAAAUAAUAAUGGAGAGAAUAAUGCAAGUAAUGUGAAAGAAUUAGAGAUUAUUCCUAAUUAUAUAAACAAUUUAAUAAAUGAUAUGAAUAAUACAUAUGAAAUAAAUGAAAGUAUUGAUAUGUUAAACUUAAAUACUGCGAAAUCUUUUCGCAUCCCAAAAAUUUUUAAUAAAAUUAAUCAGAUGACUAGUACUCCUAAUUUUUUAAAAUUUUUAGAAAAAAGAAAGGAAGCAAGUAAAAAAUGGAAAAUUAUUGCAAGAAAUAUUUUACAUGAAGAGUUUAAAAUUUUAUUUCAUUCAAUAAAUUAUGAUAUUAAUGAAGCUAAAAUCAAUUAUUUAAUUAAUUCACUUAAAUCUAUUUAA